CUAUACAAUGGCAACCACACACACAAGGGCUUCUUUGUCAGGAUUUUCGAUGUUUUCUCGGCGUGUCCUUUGGUCCUCUCUUACAUUGUCUCGCCUCCUUUUCUUUACUCCAAUCGAGCGUGAAUCGUCCCAAUCGAUCGAGUGAUUGAUUGAUUGAUCGAGCAAAAAAAAAAAAAAGAGAGAGAAGGUAGAGCUUUCUCUUUUUUUUCGUUCGUGAGGCCGAUGGAGGAUCCAGCAAAGGCGUGGCAAAAGGUCGCUGGGGAUGAGGAGAAAGGAGGAGGGCAAGAGAAGCUCUCCAAGGUCGGCCAUGGCGGCGAGGAAGAACACUUAGACGAGGCCACGCUCAAGAUGAUUGUGGAGGAGCACUUGCAUGAGUGCCCAUCCCUCGCCCAGAUUCUCGAGGAGCUGCGCGAAUUGGGUCGAAUUGCGGUGCCCAUCACCGCCAUGAACUGCGUCGUCUACCUCCGAGCCAUGGUCUCGGUGCUCUGCCUGGGCCGACUGGGCGGCCGCGAGCUCGCCGGCGGCGCGCUCUCCAUCGGCUUCACCAACAUCACGGGCUACUCGGUUCUCUUCGGCCUGGCAUCCGGCAUGGACCCGAUUUGCGCCCAAGCUUUCGGAUCCAAGAACUGGAAGCUCAUCGGCCUCUCACUCCGGCGGACGAUCCUCGUCCUCCUCACCGCCUGCGUCCCAAUCUCCCUCCUCUGGAUCAAUCUCCACCGAAUUCUCCUCUUCCUCGCCCAGGAUCCAAGCAUCACCGCGGUCGCGAGCACCUACUGCCUCUUCUCCCUGCCCGAUCUCCUCGCCAACAGCAUCCUCCAGCCGCUGCGCGUCUACCUUCGAUCGCAGGGCAUCACCACGCCGAUGAUGUGGUGCUCCGCCGUGGCGGUGGCGCUCCACGUCCCGCUCAGCCUCGCGCUCGCGUUUGGGCUCCGGCUGGGCGUCCCGGGCGUCGCCAUGGCCGCCGUCUUCACGAACUUCUUCAUGAUCGCGCUCCUCCUGCUCUACCUCCGGAUCUCGGGCGUCUACCGCCGGACUUGGGGCGAUGGCUGGUCGAUGGACUGCCUCCGCGAGUGGCGCCCGCUGCUGGCGCUCGCGCUGCCCAGCUGCUUCGCGAUCUGCCUCGAGUGGUGGUGGUAUGAGAUCAUGACGCUGCUCGCGGGCUACCUCCCGAAUCCCGAGGUCGCGGUGGCCACCACCGCGAUCUUGAUCCAGACCACCUCGCUGAUGUACACGAUCCCGCUCGCGCUGAGCGCCAGCGUCUCCACCAGGGUCGGGAACGAGCUGGGCGCGCGGCGGCCGGACCGGGCGCGCCGCGCGGCAUACGUCGCGCUGGGGUGCGCGUUGGUGGUGGCCACCGCCGGGCUGACGUGGACUACCGCGCUGCGCCACCAGUGGGGCCGCGUCUUCACCCGCGACGCCAGCGUGCUGGCGCUCACCGCCGCCGUCAUGCCGCUCAUCGGGCUGUGCGAACUGGGCAACUGCCCCCAGACGACGGCGUGCGGCGUGCUGCGCGGUACCGCGCGGCCGGCCAUUGGCGCGCGGAUCAACCUCGGCUCCUUCUACUUCCUCGGGACGCCCGUCGCGGUGGCGCUGGCCUUCUGGUUUAAGGUCGGCUUUGGCGGACUGUGGUACGGACUCCUGGCGGCGCAGGCGGCGUGCGCGUUCUCGAUCCUGCUCGUCGUGUGGCGUACGGACUGGGUGGUGGAGGCGGAGCGGGCGCGGCGGCUGACGGGUACGGAGCUGGAGCUGAAGGGCGGCGCGAAGGGAGGUGCCAACGGCGGCGCCGCCGCCACUAGUACGGACGAAGAGCACGGGCUUCUUCUCAAGCCUGUCACCUCCCAAGAAGCUGGAGUUUGACAUGAGCGAGAGGAGAGGUCUCCGCAGAGAAGAGAAUUUUGGCCAGUCGCUACGCUGUCUCUUGGUUGUUUUUAAUUUGCCGGAGUAAACUUGGAGCACGAAAGUUGACCUGUGA